GCCGCUGCUCUACCGCUCACAGGAACAAGAAGGUCGUACAUAACAACGCUGUACUAAGGCAGAGAAGACACCAGACUGUAAUCAUGCUGGGACAAGCUGUAAGGCGAUUCACAACGUCUGCUGUUCGUUCUUCACACUAUGGUGAAGGACCAGGACAGAACCUGCCGUUUUCCGUGGAGAACAAGUGGCGUCUGCUCGGCAUGAUGGUGGUGUUCUUUGGCAGUGGCUUCGCAUUCCCCUUCAUUGUCGUCAGACACCAGAUCCUGAAGAAGUAAAAUGGACCAUUACUCAGCCUUCAAGGUCGUCAGCUGGAACAUAUUUAUCCAUCGAGUGUUAUCCAUGUAGAUGAAUGGGAAUCUCUUAAUUUUCUUUGUAAAUAAAGUUUCCUCAACUAAAACAAA